ACCCGUGCUUAAGCCCGCUGUUGCUGAGGGUCUUAAACAGUCUCGUGCUGUUUAAAAGACGGAGCGGCCCCUAGUGCGCUUGCGCGGCGGCGUGGGCCGUGUACCCCCUGCAGCCCCGACUUGGUACGGCCGAGCGGUUGGUGCGGUUUGCAGCUGCAGCCCUGGGGCGCGCUUUUCAAAUCGUCCAGGACUUGCACCGAAAUGGAGCGGCAGCUGCCGAGGGGUCUCGCCGCGCAGCAGAUCCGCAGCCUCCGAGAGAAGAUAGACUUAGAAAUCCGCAUGCGAGAAGGAAUAUGGAAGCUGCUCUCACUGAGUAUAAAAAAAGACCAGGUUUUGCACGCAGUGAAGAACCUCAUGGUGUGCGGUGCUCGGAUACAGGCGUACACGGCGGAGCUACAGAGGUUAGAAGAAGAAGUUGCAAAUUCAACCAGAAGACGGGAUGCGAGUUUUGAAAGUAAAGAUCGAGAACCCUGCAGAGGAAAGAUCGCCCUGUCAGAUAUCCGAAUACCAUUAAUGUGGAAAGACUCCGAUCACUUCAGUAAUAAGGAAUGCACACAGCGUUUCGCCAUCUUCUGCUUAUUCAGGAUGGGAGCUCAAGUGUUGGACACCGACAUGAUGAUCGUGGACCAGACGAUCACGGAUAUAUGUUUUGAAAAUGUCACCAUAUUCAAUGAGGCGGGGCCCGACUUCCGGAUAAAGCUAGAAGUCUACAGCUGCAGUGCAGAGGAACCUUCCAUCACCAACACCCCAAGGAAGCUGGCUAAAAAGCUGAAGACGUCCAUCAGCAAAGCCACGGGGAGGAAGAUCAGCGCCGCACUCCAGGAAGAGGACCAAGAGGCCUGCUUGAUCGUCAGUUCCGUGGCGGGUGCAAAGUACCAUUUGCUGGCUCAUACUACGCUGACCUUGGAAGAUGCCGGAGACUGCUUCAAGACUCAUAACCUGUCUGUCCACGGCGAUGAGGACCGCUCCUUUUGGCUUCCCUUGUACGGCAACGUGUGCUGCCGGCUAGUGGCCCAGCCGGCUUGCAUGGUUGAAGAUGCCUUUGCGGGAUUCCUUAAUGAACAGCAAACAGGAAAAGGUCUGGUUGGCUGGAGAAGGCUGUACUGUGCCCUGAGAGGGGGUAAACUCCGCUGUUUUUAUGGUCCAGAAGAAAUCGAAGCUAAAGUGGAACCUGCUCUUUUGGUUCCUGUUGACAAGGAAACCAGAAUUCAGCCCAUGGAAAAGGAUUCGAAGAAAAUGCACUGUUUCUCUGUCCUCAACACGGCGGCCGGGCGAGCGGUGAGUCACAUCUUUGCGGCUGACAGCCUAGCGGACUUCCAGGAGUGGAUGAGAGCCUUCCGGCAGCAUUUCUUUGAUCUCAGCCAAUGGAAGCAUUGUUGUGAAGAACUUAUGAGAAUUGAGAUUAUGUCACCACGGAAACCACCUUUGUUCCUGGCAAAGGAGGCGACCUCAGUGUAUCACGACAUGAGCAUCGAUUCACCGGUGAAACUUGAAAGCAUAACAGACAUAAUACAAAAGAAGAUCGGGGAGACCAACGGACAGUUCCUCGUCGGUCAGGAUGAAGGACCCACAGCACCCCCGUGGGCCGCAGUCUUUGAUGGCAGUCACCAAAUGGUCAUCCAGAAGAAAGUGUUGUCCCCAACAGACAAACCGGCCCCCGAUGGGAAAAGGAAAAAGAGGCGAGCCCCGCUCCCUCCUACGGAUCAGCCUCCCUUCAGCGCAAAGACACAGGGUAGCUCGGAUGAGGCCAAGGCCCGCGGGGUCCAGGCCAGUGUCUCAGAAGCCUCCCCUCCAGAUCCCCGACUGUCACCACCUGUGCAUCCUCUCCAGAAACCAGUGGCUGCCCCUCGAAAGCUUCUCCCUGCCAGGCAAAGCAGUUCCGUCGAUGGUGGGCACAUGGACGCUAAAACCAGUUUUGAUGCGAAGCCAGUGCCAGUUCCAAGGCAGAAAUCCAUCAGAGACAUUCUGGACCCUCGAUCGUGGCUCCAAGCACAAGUCUAGGAAGCUCGGACUGUGUAAAUCCAGCUGUAAGGCUCUGGUCAGAGGUUAUACGUGUAUUGUUAUGUAAUUGUAUAGGUAAAGACCAGAGCAGCUUCCAGAAGCCGCUAAUAAGCUAUUAGGUACAGAAAAGCACCUUUAAAUAGAGAAUUAGAUUUUUCCUUCUCCUUUCCAGAAUAGAAAUGACCCCCCCCCCCCCACACACACACACACAGAGCAAAAGAGGCAGUUUCUAGACAGUAUCCUACUUGUUGGAAUGGUUAAUUUAUUCCUAAUUUAGUAGCUGGUAGAAGAAAGCGUUGAUUUUUUUUUUUGAAUCUAGUAAUAUAGAAUGUGUUCAAUACAAGCCGUAUUCUCACUGUGAGAAUUUUAAUACUUAAUGGAAUGUUUCAAAGGUUUUGUUCAAACCACAAAUUAUAGAAUCCACCCAAGAAAAUGUUUCCCUUCAGCUUUCUGGAAUUCGCAUCUAACGGUCCUCCCUCUGUUGUUUAACUAGAUGUCUAUAGGGUUGACCUUUUCAAUUCCUGGGAUAAAUGUCCCAAUAUUAAACUCUUUGUCUUUAAAGGGAA